AUGAAGACCACAUUCGUUGUUGUUGCUGGUUUGGCAUCUGCCGCAUAUGCUCAGGUUACAGCUCUCAUUACCCCAACCGCAUCUGCCCCUGAUGGAUGUGCCACUAGCUAUUCUGGAGCUUUUCAAAUCUCUACUGUAAAUGUCAGCAGUGUAGCUAAGCGUCAAAAAAAGCGUGCCGACUGUUCAUCAUCCCUUGCCGUCACACUCAACGAUGGUAUUCUCAAGGACCAACAGGACCGAACGGGAUACAUUGCGUCAAACACUCAGUUCCAAUUCGAUGGCCCACCACAAACUGGAGCUAUCUAUACCGGUGGUUGGUCUGUUUGUUCAAACGGCUCUCUCACUCUUGGAGGAUCCGCUGUUUUCUACCAAUGCCUCUCAGGUACAUUCAAUAAUUUGUACACGGAAUCGCAGGGCGAACAAUGCUCCCAAAUUUUGAUCCAAACAUCUGCAUGCAGCUCAGCUGCUGGAUCUGGCGUCGUCGGACAAUCGACUGAUGGCCAAGCAACUGCCACUGCCAUCGCUUCUCUAUCAUCUGCAGCAGUUUCUCAAAUUUCAGAUGGGCAACCACAAGGUGCAACUUCGGUCGCUACAAUUUCUCAAAUUAGUGACGGACAAAUUCAAGCUCCUACAUCUGCUGGCGGUGCUCCAAUCACUCAGAUUAGCGAUGGCCAGGUUCAAGGUGCUACCUCCGUCGCACCAUCUCCAACCGGUGCUCCUGUCAGUCAGAUUCCAGAUGGACAAAUUCAAGGUGCAACAUCCGCGGCUGCUAUCCCUUCAGCGGUGGUCUCUCAGAUUCCCGAUGGUCAAAUACAGGCUCCCACUAGUGCUGCUGCUCCCUCGGCCAUCGUUUCCCAGAUUCCAGAUGGUCAAAUCCAAGCUCCUACUAGUGCUGAAGUUCCUUCGGCCGUCGUGUCCCAAAUUCCCGAUGGUCAGAUCCAGGCUCCUACUAGCGCUGCCGCUCCUUCUGCCGUCAUCUCUCAGAUUCCCGAUGGUCAGAUCCAGGCUCCUACUAGCGCUGCCGCUCCUUCUGCCGUCAUCUCCCAGAUUCCCGAAGCUCCUACUAGUGUUGAAGUACCUGCGGCCGUCAUCUCUCAGAUUCCCGAUGGUCAAAUCCAGGCCCCCACCAGCGCCACCACACUCGAAACGAGCACUUCUCUUGCCGGUGCAGUCGUCUCUCAAAUAAGUGAUGGCCAGAUUCAGGCUCCCACUGCCACCCCAACGGAUGAUACCUAUUCCAGCACAACAUCCGCCCCCGCUGAUUUUACUGGCGCUGCCAACGCUUACCAGGUCAGUGGCUCUUUGGCUGCGGCUGCUAUUGGUCUCUUUGCUGCUCUCUUGUAG